CUGCUUUUUGACAGUCUGCCCUGGGGUAGGCACGCACGGUUGUGAAGCACUCCAGACAGCAUGAUGCUUUCCCUCUGAUCCUGCUGCUAGAGGUAGAGCGUUACAGAGCUUGCUUGGGAUGCAGGACUCCUGAAAGAGCAGUCAAUUUUCCUUUCUUUUGCUAAAUGCUCAUUCUGGUCACAGAGCAUCUUAUUAAGCAGGUUUGCAGCCCCUUUUCCAAUGAUAUGCCAUCUUAGAUGGCUUUCUCUUCAGUUCUGCCUAAUCUGAUCAUAAUAGCUCAUAUGUAACCCAGACCUUCCUCUAGCUCUCUUACCCUGGUUUUAUUUCCACAGUGAGAUAUGCGGGUUCUGGUACUGAUCAUGUAGCAAGACAUCUAGGGACAGAAGUGCUGAUGUUAUUUUAUUCUAAUUUCAUGCAGAGAGUAAAUCAGCGAGAGCUCAGAUCAACCCUUUACUACUUACAAUGCUGGUCUGGUGGACAUAUGCCCAUGACUCAACCUGUCUAAAUGAACCUAUUAACAUUAUGAAAAUUACACCGUUUACCACUGGGAGACGAGGGCCAGCAGUCAUUAUUUUCCUAAGACUUUUCAUAGUUUGGUGAUCUUCACUGGGCACCUCUAGUGACAAAAAGUUCCACUCUGCCCUGCACUGGGUAAACGGGUGUCUUCUCCCUUGUAAACAUGUCGCCUGCCUCUUUCUUCACUCCAUUAGGUCCCCCUCUGUAUUCCCAGCUAGCUUUCUCAGCUUCGUCCCUCCCACUCACUAAGGCAAGGAACUAGAUAGCAUGGCUCUUCCUUCCUUCAUGUUCUUUAGGAUUGGGCUCCAGGAUCCUGGAUGGGGUAGGCGUUUCAACUAAGUGACUUCUUCCUGCUCUAGAAAUUCCUGUGAGUCAUGGCACUCCUUGAAAUGUGAAGACAUUUCUAAUUGCAUUAGACACAGGUUAGCUACAUGGAUGUAAUACAACCACGAAUCCAAUCUGUGUCUAACGCAAUUUCUGUCUAUAAACUGAUGAAAUCUCCUGGAAAAUCAGGACAGAAAGUAAAAAGACCCUCAUACUCCUCCCAGUAUUCCCCCCCUCCUUGAAACACACAAGAUACCUGAGGCCCCAGCCUUCCUCUAAGUACUAGAGAUGCCCUUUGUAGUUCGCUGGAUUUCUUUUCUUUAUCUGCAACAACGGCAGCCUGUUGUCAACAAGGUUAAACAAACAAUCUGCUGAUAAAAUGACUUCCAGGUUGCUCUUUCCAAGGCCAGAGUUUACAGGCUGUUUUGCUACUGGUCUCUUGCUCCAGACAAAGGCUGUAUGUGUGUGUGAACUCUUUGGCAAUGACACCUGUCAUAUAGCAUUGCCUGAUUACACAUCUGGGGCCUUGGUGCCAUGGUACGGGCUAGGUUAAUGACUUUAUUUAUACUGUUUGGGUAAUCCAGAUAAGAAGGCCACUCAAUUUGCCAUCCCGAUCCUGUCCCAUCCUCCUGGCCCCAACUGGCACUUUCAUUGAGAAAAUGCUUAUCAGCACCACGUGGAGGCCUCACUUCCCUAGCCAAUCAGUCCAGGGUCGAGUUGUUUUUCAGUGAAUGCUGCUCAGUCAAAGAGAGGUCAAGGCUGCUAAGGGGGUGUUUCACUCAUCACAUAGCCUUAUAAAUACAGCCAGGAAUAACAGCCAAGGAGGUGAGAGGGGCUACUGAGCUGGGAGAAGCAGGCUGCAGUCAGAGAGCUUUGACUAGUACAGCAGCAUUUGCAAGAGACCAGUCGUGCUCACAGAUCCAUCCGGCCAAGUGCACUAGAGUUUCAUCCUCCUUGGGACCUGACGGGAUCCGCUUGCCAGGCUCAGCAAUGACUACAUGCAGCAUAGACCUGGACUAUGAGAGGUGCCAGUGCCACAGUGAGGAGAAUCGGAACGCCAUACUCUAUACCCUCCUGAGCCAGAACCUGAACCACAAAUGGGGCAGCCAUAGUCCAUCCCAGCAGCGCUGCCUGUGCCAGAAGCGUCGCACCGUCUGCCUCCAAACACCUCAGGUCACCUGCCAGGCAGCCUCUGAUGUCCUUGUGAAAACGGUCAGCUUCAUGAAGAACCUGCCCUCCUUCCAGCUGCUGCCCUGGGGAGACCAGCUGCUGCUUCUGAACAGCUGCUGGGCUCCCCUCUUCAUUCUGGGGCUGGUUCAGGAGAUGGUGACAUUCGAGGUGAUGGAAACCCCAGCCCCUAGCAUGCUCAAGAGGAUUCUCCUUGAUGGCCAGAGUAAGAGACAGGAACCUGAGAGGACACAGCCCACCCUAGCUGGGGUGCAGCGGCUGCAGUGCUGCCUGAACACAUUCUGGAGCCUGGACCUGAGCCCUAAGGAGUAUGCUUAUCUGAAAGGAGCCAUUCUCUUUAACCCUGAUGUUCCAGGUCUGAGGGCCUCUUUGUACAUCGAGAGCCUCCAACGGGAAGCACAGAGAGCACUCCGAGAAGUCCUAGUGCCCCUCCACCCAGAGGACCAGGGCCGCUUUGCCCGCAUCUUGCUGAUUGCCUCCACCUUAAGGUCCAUUCCUCCUGCACUUAUCACAGACCUUUUCUUUCGACCAAUCAUUGGCAAUGCAGACAUUAUUGAGGUGAUCACUGAAAUGCUGUAUGAAAUAACCUGCAGGCAACUGACUCUUUCAUCACACACAGCUUCCUGAGAGCUCAGAUUCAGCGGCCACUCUCACAUGCACCUCCUGAGCAUUGAGCUGAGUUUCAAGGGACAGUAACGUUAAUCUGGGAAUGGGGAUUUAGUGGGAAAGAUACUGUGGACUUGCAGACACCUGGAUUUGUGUUUGUAUUUCACUUGGGCUCAGGCAACAGCUUCAGCGUUGAAAAUCUCAGCUAAGGCACAAAUCAUUUAAGAAUAUAACUCUUAUUUAGCAUUUGUUUACAGCAAUCAGCCCCUGUACAUACUGAACUCAUAAAGCCAAAUCGUUUCUGAAGUGUGUGUGAUGUUACUAUUUCACUGCACAGCAACAUGAAAAAAGCAUGGCCAAUGUCCUUAAAACAUUCCAUACAAAAUAAUCCUCUGGGCUGACAUUUUCCCUGGGAAAUAUUCAGGUCAGAGAAGCACUUAUCUGAGAAAGAAGGGGAUUGAAUCCAGGGCUUUGAACCAAAUGGAGUCUUACUGUUUUUAAGGAUAAAAUUGCCAUAGAAAGCCUUUGUUACAUGCACACAACCUCAUUUUUAAAUGAGUUCAGCACUCACUCUGCCUGCCAUUUUCAAUGGACUGAGUGGGUACUCAGCACCUCUGAAAACAGGCCUGCAAUACACAACGCAGUGGAUUAGAGCAUGGUCCAAAUUUUGUGAUUCAGGGUCAAAUCUCAGCCCCACUGAAGUCUAUGGGAGUUCUGCCAUUGAUUUCCUUGAGGCCAGGAUUUCACCUUCUUAGUCAAUCCAUACAUAAGGGCCUAAUUUCGCAAACUCUAAUCACGCUGAGCAAUACUGAAGAGUGAAUGGAAUCACUCAUAUGAGUGCUACCAAGUAUUGUGGAAUCAGGCCCUUAUAUAGUACCUGUGCGUGUGUAUUGUGUGUCUGGUACCUUGGAAUCUUAGAGAAGUAGCCAUAAAACAUCUAUCCCUGUUUCAAACAUGGACAGGGCAAGGGCCAGACGGUAUUAAUGCUAAAAGAGUUCACAGAGAGCCACACUUUGCAACCCUUACUGAAAUUGAGUAGUCAUGUGGAAGAAGAUGGGACUACUCUGAGUAAUGUUCUACUGAAUGUUUGUACCACUAGUGUUAGGGUGGCAGAAUAUAAUACCCCUUAGUUAAUGUAUGAGCUCAAGUGACUAAGAGCUCCAUUUUAGCUAAAUGUUAUGAAAAUGUAUGCAGUGAUAUUAAAAACAGGUAGGGCUGGUGAGCUUAAGUCCAUUUGUGUAACAGUGAGUGAUAUUACCUAGAUAGUACAUGAAAUAGAGAAGGAGCUGUAGUGGUUACACAGGCCUGCAGAUUCUGCAGCUGAGCAUCUGCUUCCUAGACUACUGACUGGUUGCUCCCACUCCCCCACGCUAGGUUCUGAUCUACACAAAGAAAACAGCCUUUGCACAGAGUUCAGAGGACAGUAUUUUGUGAGUGGAUGUUAGUCUGUGAUUUGUAUAUA